GGUAUCCUGCUUUGUUGGAAGCAUGGAGAAGUAUUUUAAGUUGGUAGUCUUUGCAAUAGUUCUGUUGUUCUGUGUGCAAACACUGGUAGAGGCACAACAAACAUCGAAAAAAUGCCCAAGGUCUAGUUCUAAAGUCAACAAAACCGAUGAUACAGAACCUCCAAGUUCCGGUGAAAAGCCUGAAAAUAGACUAAGGUUGCCUAGGAGUGCACUUAAACACCCAUCAGAUUACUCAGAGACUCUGAAACAGUUUAAAUGCCACUGUCAUAAAAACAUUAAAGACGUUCCUAAGAUUCAGCCAAAUUAUUUAGAUGUAUGUCCAGCAAAAACAGCCAUUUUUAAAAUAGGCUCAUGGUUUGGUAAAUGCUGGGUAGCCUGGCCAUUUAGAAAAUAUCACUGUCCAUGGACAAGAUGUCUUAAUUAUAAUAAAUGCGACUAUGUCAAUCCCUAUUUUGGAAAUUCAUGGUGUGUGCAUACCCAGUUCAAGAAGUUAUCGAUAUAUGUCAUUUGCUGGGAAGGACAUUGGCAUUUCAAGAAAGUCUCCAUUAAGAUACCGACCUGUUGUGGUUGUAGAAUAUAUUGUUGAUUUACAUAGUAAUAAAAU